AACAUUAUUCAGAAGCAAACAUUUCUGAAUUUAAUUUUUCAUUAUGUCGCAAAAGUUUAUUUAUUUAGUUUAUGCCUUUAACGAAUGGUGAAUUCUGUUAUGUCUAGUCUACUAUAUGUGAUAAUAGAUUAUUCGUAAUUAUUAUUGAAGUGUCACGCAAGUGAUUUCUCCCUUUUAAAUCGAACUUUUAGAAACAAAAUGUCUCGUCAUCGAGACGUUCGAUGUAUGAACUAUACAGAUGAGUAUGAUGGUUAUGAUGACGUUUAUGGGCAUUCUGUGGAAGAUGAUUAUUGCGUAUCACCCAGUGCUGAACAGUUCUUGUUCGAUCGAAGUAAACAACAAAAUAUUGCAUCUUUUAUUACGGAGCCAGACAUCGUAGAGGACAGCGAAGAUGAUAAUUCAGUAUCGUCACAUGAAGCUAAAAAAUUAAAUCUUACCGAGAUAGAAAAAGUCAAGUUAUUAUCUUGCAUGGAAGCUAUAAGAAAUGUAAUAGGAGAUUCCGUAACUGAAUCUAAACUCGAAGAAGAAAUUAUUCGUUCAGGCUUUAAUACCGAAGUUGCAUUGGACAAACUUUUAAGUAUAACACCUGAACAAAAUAUUGCUGAAGAAUCUAGAAGUAGUAAGGAGUGUCCGAAUCCUUGUCCAGGUAACAAACUGCCAUCAAAGUCAACAUUACAAAUAAAUUCAUCUUCGAUGAUAAAAGUUGUGCCAGCUGGAACAAGUUCUAUUGUCAAAGGAUUUACUGUGAGUGGAUCAGAAAAUACAGGUCAUUUGAGUCCGCAUAUCCAAACUCCACGUUCUCAAAGCCCAUGUUCAGAACAGAAUAGUCCAAGUGUAAAACGUAAAGAAAUAGCGAAACAAGAUAAGAACAUAGUUUCUUCAGAAACAGAUUCUUUAAGAAGUCAAUCUCCCAUGUCUGGUCAUGUUACACCUGAUUUAGAUUAUAAGACAAAGCCUGUAGAAGAAAAACGUGAUGCGUUACGCAUUUAUAAAGAUAAAAGGAGCAAUAAUAAAGAACAGUUACACUUGGUUGUCGUGGGGCACGUUGAUGCUGGAAAAAGUACUUUGCUUGGGCGACUUUUGUGUGAUUUAGGACAAGUUUCAUCAAGACUGAUUCACAAGUAUCAACAAGAGAGUAAAAAAAUUGGUAAGCAGUCUUUUGCUUAUGCGUGGGUGUUGGAUGAAACUGGAGAAGAAAGGGAACGUGGAAUUACAAUGGACGUUGGACAUUCUAAAUUUGAAACUGACAAUAAAUGUAUUACCCUUUUGGAUGCACCUGGUCAUAAGGAUUUUAUUCCAAAUAUGAUUACUGGUGCCACUCAAGCAGACGUUGCUUUGUUGGUAGUUGAUGCUACCAGAGGUGAAUUUGAAACUGGAUUUGACAGUGGUGGACAGACUAGGGAACAUGCUUUAUUAUUGCGUUCUUUAGGUGUGUCUCAAUUAGCUGUUGUAGUUAAUAAAUUAGAUACAGUGAAUUGGUCUAAAGAAAGAUUCAAUGAAAUCGUUGAUAAAAUGAGUGUUUUUCUAAAACAAGCUGGAUACAGAGAAACUAUCACUUUUGUACCUUGCAGUGGACUUUCAGGAGAAAAUGUAGUUACCUCGCCAAAAGCUGAAGGUCUUUCCAACUGGUAUACUGGACCAACAUUAGUAAAUGUUAUUGAUAAUUUUAAAUGUCCAGAACGUCCAGUUAAUAAACCAUUAAGAUUUUCUGUAAAUGAUAUAUAUAAAGGUACUGGUUCUGGAUUUUGUGUAUCAGGGCAUGUAGAAACAGGUAUGGUGUGCAUAGGGGAUAAAGUUUUGGUGCAGCCACAGAAUGAAGUUGCAGUCGUUAAAGGUUUACAAGCGGAUGAUAUGUCCAUAGUAAAUGCCUUUGCCGGUGAUCAUAUCUCUUUGACUUUAUCCGGCAUCGAUCAACAAAAUGUUGGAGUUGGUGAUAUCAUUUGUAAUCCACAAAAUCCCGUAUCAGUAACAACAUGUUUUCAGGCACACAUAGUUAUAUUUUCUAUUGCCGUGCCCAUUACGAAAGGCUUCCCAGUAAUAAUGCAUCAGCAAUCUUUGGUACAACCAGCCAUAAUAACUAAAUUGAUAGCGCAGCUCCAUAAAAGUACAGGAGAUGUGAUAAAAAAGAAGCCACGGUGUUUACUUAAAAACUCUAGUGCGAUUAUUGAAAUUGUAACACAAACUCCGGUUUGCGUAGAAUUGUAUAAGGACGUUAAACAGCUUGGUAGGAUAAUGUUAAGAGUGGAAGGUACCACGAUUGCAGCUGGCUUGAUUACAAAAAUUAAAUGAUUAUUAAUUAAUUGAGUUCCUUGGUGCAAAAUCUAAAUAUAGGAUAAAAUCGUGUAUCUAAUAUAAUAAAAAUUCUAUCCAGAAAGUGA